AUGGCUGUCUUCCAAAUCCCAAGGAGGAGCCUUCGCUUUCUCUCUUCCCCCCACGCUCACAAUUGCUAUUACUGCUUAUGCUUCUCCACCGCCACCAGAACCGCUUGGUACAACCAACCACCAACACCUCACAAUGAAGACCCAAAGCUCUCUGCCAUCUCCGACGCCAUUAAAACCACCACCCAAAACUCUCAGCCUCUGGACUCCUCUCUCAGAAAGCUCCUCCCUUCCCUCACAGCCCGUGACGUUAUCAACCUCAUCAACCUCAACCCCUACUCUCUCUCCCCUCUCUCUCUCCUAUCCUUCUUCAAUUGGCUCUCUUCUCACCCCACGUUUCGCCACAACAUCCAAUCCUAUUGCACAAUGGCCCACUUCCUCUGCGCUCACCAAAUGUAUCCCCAAGCUCAGUCCCUCCUACGAAUCGUCGUUUCUCGCAAGGGCAAGGAGACUGCAUCCUCCGUCUUCGCUUCCAUUCUCGAAACUAGAGGUACCCACCAGUCCAAUUAUGUAUUUGAUGCUUUGAUGAAUGCGUAUGUGGAUUGUGGUUUUGUUUCUGACGCAUGCCAGUGCUUUAGAUUGCUUAGGAAGCAUAAUUUUCGAAUCCCAUUUCAUGCUUGCGGCUGUUUGCUUGAUAAGAUGCUCAAGUUGAACUCGCCCGUUGUGGCUUGGGGAUUUUAUUUGGAGAUUUUGGAUUCUGGGUUUCCACCAAAAGUGUAUAAUUUCAAUGUUUUGAUGCACAAAUUGUGUAAAGAAGGUGAAAUUAGAGAAGCCCAGUUGGUGUUCGAUGAAAUUGGGAAACGGGGUUUGCUUCCGACCGUAGUUAGUUUCAAUACUUUGAUUAAUGGGUAUUGUAAGUCUAGGAAUCUGGAGGAGUGUUUUAGGUUGAAGAGAGAUAUGGAGGAAAGCAGAACACGUCCUGAUGUAUUUACUUACAGUGUUUUGAUCAAUGGGCUGUGCAAGGAGCUUAGGUUGGACGAUGCAAAUUUGUUGUUUGAUGAAAUGUGUGAGAGGGGUUUGGUUCCAAAUAAUGUCACAUAUACUACUUUGAUUGAUGGGCAGUGUAAGAAUGGAAGAAUUGAUUUGGCAAUGGAAGUGUAUCAGAAAAUGUUGGGGAUUGGUAUCAAACCAGAUUUAAUUACUUAUAAUACACUCAUAAAUGGCCUUUGCAAAGUUGGAGAUUUGAAAGAAGCGAGGAAGCUUGUUGAGGAGAUGAAUAUAGCAGGUUUGAAGCCUGACACGAUCACUUAUACUACGCUUAUUGAUGGAUGCUGCAAAGAAGGAGAUCUACAAUCGGCUCUAGAGAUAAGGAAGGGAAUGAUUAAACAAGGGAUUGAGCUUGACAAUGUAGCUUUCACAGCCCUUAUUUCGGGAUUGUGUAGGGAAGGAAAAACACUUGACGCUGAAAGAACGUUGAGGGAGAUGUUAAAUUUUGGCAUGAAACCUGAUGAUGCCACAUAUACGAUGAUCAUUGACGGGUUUUGCAAGAAAGGUGAUGUUAAGAUGGGUUUUAAGUUGCUCAAGGAGAUGCAGGGUGAUGGCUAUGUACCUAGUGUUGUAACCUAUAAUGCGCUUAUGAAUGGACUAUGCAAGCUAGGACAGAUGAAAAAUGCUAAUAUGCUUUUGGAUGCUAUGAUUAAUUUGGGGGUGGCUCCAGAUGACAUUACAUACAACAUUCUCUUAGAAGGGCAUUGCAAGCAUGGAAACCCCGAGGACUUUGAUAAGCUACGGAGUGGAAAAGGGCUUGUUCUUGAUUAUGCUUCUUACACUUCGCUAGUUAAUGAAUUCAAUAAAUCUUCGAAGGAUCGCCGAAAGAGAUGA